CAAGGCCUGGCAUGGCCUAUUUCCACCCCCUAACUCUACUGUUCCAAUCCCAUUCCCAAUCCAAAUCCAUCUCUCAACAAACGGACGAACCCAUCCAGACCACCCAGAGUUGAAGCUAUGUUGGGGAUUUUAAGAAGACAAGUGACCAGCAAAUGCUGCCCUACUUUGGGCUUGGAGCGUGCGGUUCAAGUAAUUGCAUCCCGCCGGGGGUUUUCUUCCUCAGGAAAGGAGAUUACGGUACGUGAAGCUUUGAAUUCAGCGCUCGACGAAGAGAUGUCAGCUGAUCCGAAGGUGUUUCUGAUGGGUGAAGAGGUUGGUGAGUAUCAGGGAGCAUAUAAGAUAUCGAAAGGACUUCUUGAUAAGUAUGGUCCAGAGAGGGUGCUUGACACACCUAUUACUGAGGCCGGAUUCACUGGAAUUGGAGUGGGUGCAGCAUACUAUGGACUAAGGCCUGUGGUCGAAUUUAUGACCUUUAACUUCUCAAUGCAGGCCAUUGAUCACAUAAUCAAUUCAGCUGCAAAAUCAAAUUACAUGUCUGCUGGUCAGAUAUCAGUGCCGAUUGUUUUCAGAGGUCCAAAUGGUGCUGCUGCUGGUGUUGGUGCUCAACAUUCACAGUGUUAUGCAGCGUGGUUUGGUUCGAUUCCUGGAUUAAAGGUCCUGACCCCAUACUCUUCAGAAGAUGCCCGUGGACUGCUUAAAGCUGCAAUUAGGGAUCCCGAUCCUGUUGUGUUCCUUGAGAAUGAAUUAUUAUAUGGUGAAUCAUUUCCAGUAUCAGCUGAAGCUCUCGAUUCCAGUUUCUGUCUUCCUAUUGGGAAAGCCAAAAUAGAACGUGAAGGAAAGGAUGUAACCAUCACUGCUUUCUCGAAGAUGGUUGGAUAUGCUCUUAAGGCUGCUGAGAUUCUUGCAAAAGAUGGAAUCAGUGCCGAGGUGAUAAAUCUUAGGUCGAUCCGCCCUCUCGACAGAGCCGCAAUAAAUGCUUCUGUUAGGAAAACCAACAGGCUUGUGACUGUAGAAGAAGGGUUUCCUCAACAUGGAAUUGGGGCUGAGAUCUGUGCAUCAGUUCUUGAAGAUAGCUUCGAGUAUCUUGAUGCAGCUGUUGAGAGGAUUUCAGGCGCCGAUGUACCAAUGCCUUACGCCGCAAAUCUGGAGAGAAUGGCUGUCCCACAGAUUGAAGACAUUGUUCGGGCAGCAAAGAGAGCCUGUUAUCGAAAAAAUGCAUUGGCAGCCACCGCCUAGAGUUGCCGGAAACUGUAGGCAAGGCAGGGCAGGGCAGGGCCUCUCUUAUGUUCCAUCAAAUAAAAAUAGGCAAAACCCAGAAGGCAAAGUCCACUGGGAUGAGUCGUUUUUGUGAUUUGUUUGUUUCAUGAUCCAACAAUGUUGAAGGAAAGAUUUCAAGAAUUUAGUAACAUUGAUUCCUAACUUUGUUAUAAUCA